AUGCGUGUAAGCAUCAGCCCCAUUCAUGUGGGAAACCUCAAGUUCUUGAUCCUUGACUGUCCAUCUGACGCUACUUUGCCUGCUUACCUUCCAAUUCUGGAAGAGAACCACGUCACCGACUUGGUUCGCAUCUGCGAAGGAAGUCCCUAUGACCCCAAACCACUCAACGAUAUUGGCAUCCGUGUCCAUGAUGACAUGAAGUUUGCAGAUGGUACAGCACCCGGAAAAGAUAUCAUAGCACGUUGGCUAGAGCUAAAUGAUGAGGUCUUUUUCAACUCUCCUGACAAAGACCGCUGCAUUGCCGUACACUGUAUCUCUGGGAUCGGAAGGGCGCCGGUCCUCGUUACGAUCUCUCUUAUUGAAGGAGGCAUGGAUCCAUUGGAUGCCAUCGCAUAUAUUCGGAAAGCCAGAAGGGGUGCCCUCAACCGCAUUCAGAUUGCAUUCAUAGACGGGUAA